UGGACAACUUAAUAAAAGAGACAAAACAACAAUACAAGUGUUGUUACAACCUUAGUCAUGUAAAACAUAGAAGAAGCCUGUAUCAUUAUGAAGCAAUGCCAAGUCUUUCUGACACACCCCGUUGGUACUGAUGCCAAACUGUCAACACUUCCUCCUUGACUCUUCAGCCUGCCAUUAAUCAGCUCAUUUCAUUGUGAACAUUUCACAGGUUCAUCAGCUGCAAGGUGUUUUUCUAAAUUAUUUUUCUUGUCUCACCUGCCUGUUUUUUUUCCUCAGUUAUCAGCUCGGCUCUGAUCUUCCUCCAGGAGUGUAAUGCUGCCGAGAUGCUUCAAUUGUUGAGGAAAAAAAAAUUUAUCCUCUACCUACUGUGCAUCGUUGGCAUUGGGCUGUUCGCCAGAUCUACAUGGAAGCUGUCUCCAUUUUCCUUUCACGGCUCAGGUCCUUGUGCUUGUUCCACAUGUUUAGCCGAGGGGGAUCUGAAGUUCAGGGAGCGUAUGACUGCAUGUCCUCAGCCCUUUCUGACAUAUAACUUAACAGUCACAGAGGAAACUUUCAACUGGUGGAAGCGCAUGCAGUCAAGAAGACCCAACUUCACUCUCUUCAAAUCAGCACUGGAAGACGUAUUUCAGGUGGUCCCACACAUUCCAAAUGUUACGGUACUAGAACCCAAGCCUGACCGCUGCAGGAGUUGUGCUGUGGUGGGGAAUUCUGGGAAUUUGCUGGGAUCACACUAUGGACCUCUCAUAGAUUUUCAUGAUAUUGUCAUAAGGAUAAACCGCGGCCCUACCAAAGGCUAUGAAGCAGAUGUUGGGACUAGAACAACUCAUCGUGUGAUGUAUCCGGAGAGUGCUAUUCCUUUGGACAACAACACUCAUUUUAUGAUGUUUCCAUUCAAGAGAAGUGAUUUCCAGUGGCUCAUCAACAGAUUAAUGCCAGGGGAAAAUGGGAAGAGAAAGGCAAUAGCUAACAAGGAUUUGGUGACGAUCCUCAAUCCAGCUUUCAUGAAAUAUGUUCAUGAAACCUGGUUGUUGAAGAAGGGAGCCUAUCCAUCCACUGGCUUCCUGACUGUGGCUCUCAGCCUGAAGAUUUGUGAUGAGGUCAGCGUUUUUGGGUUUGGAGCAGACAUGGAUGGAAACUGGAACCAUUACUUUCAAAUUUUCAAAGAUAAACAUUUCAAAACUGGCGGUCAUCCGGGAGAUUUUGAAUAUGGAGUUAUUGAGCAAUUACAUGAUUGGAAGGUGAUCACUUUUUUUAAAGGAUGGGAACGAAGAUGAGGCCUUUGGCUGCCAGACCCCAACUGAUGAUGCACCAGUGGGACCAGUUUGAACAGCACCUCCUUAAUGGACAUGGAAAGCCUUUUUCAGACAGUGAACACGUGACUUUGGCUUCACUUUGUUGGUACACUGAUGUUUUCAUGGGUGACUUUAAAUGUUCAGGACAUUUACAGACAGUACGGUGUACCUGCAGGAUAGUUGCCACCUGCUGCCUGUGUGUUUUGGCAUUUUGACAUUGAAGCCUUAAUUUCUCCAGGUUCUCUAAUGUCCCUAAAUAAAUCUUCCCCGUUAAGGUGGAGCUAUCAGAUCACUGCAUACAUGGUUUUAGUGUGUGGGCAUCCAAGAGGUGGUGUUUUGUAUUUUAGAUUCCUGUGACAAUGUUGACUUCAUAAUUUGACCUCAUACUUUGUUUGGUGGAUGUGGGGAGAGUUGGCAAUUACUAAGCAAUAAAUAUCACAAUUAAUAUUAUUGUAAUAAUAAUUAUUUAUUUACCCAUGCAGUUAGCAUGAAAAGAAGUUUAUAAUUAGGAUAGGAUAUAAUUAUUGUGUUUGUAUUUUUGUUUUUGUAUUUUUGUUGUUUACGUCUUUUGCCACUUCUAAACUGAAGCAGUGCCAAAACCAAUUGUUUACUAUCACAGUAAGACACUGUGUCUCUGUACAGACGUAUUUAUGUUGUGUGUUGUUGUAUGUAAAUGUGAAUAUUUCCCUUUGGGAGACAAUAAAGUCCACGAUCUCUA